UUUUUCUCCCCUCCGGCUCCGGAAUUCCAAGUACAGAAGAACGUUGUAGGACCUGAGUUGCCUCCUGGAGGGAUCACGAAAAAGAGCCUUUGCUUGGGCGUGACUGUCCACUCGGGAGCCUCCUUCGACUCUCCACUAAAUCCCACCCCUUCCCCUCAAACCAAGUACUUAUUCGUCUCCUGAGAGCCACCGCUCCUUUUCAACACGAAACUUCCCCCCCUCCUCCCCCUUCUCAUCUCAACCUCCUUCCCCCUUUUCUCUCUCAUCUCUCACCCAUCCUUUCUUCCCUCCAUUCAUCCAAUCUCGAUCGUUGGGAGGGCUCUCUUUCAGGAUGGAUCCUAACAAUAAUCGUCCCCACCUGCACUUCGGGUACAAUGAUCGUGCCUUCAAUAAUGCGGCCGCAAACAAUCGCGCGUAUCCCACUACCCCCUCCGCCUUUCCGCAGCCAAUCUAUCAGAACCAGGGACCUCAGGACUAUAUGGAUGCUCAAAAUGGUGCUUACGGCCAAGGAUACUUUAUGGCAAACCCCUACCCUCCCCAGGCCGCGUACGCCCAACAGCAUUACGGCCAGCCCAAUUUGCAGUCCCCCCAACCCGCUUAUCAGUCUCGGAUGGGAUACAAUGCGAAUGCCAAUGAUGGAACAAACGGUCUUAUUCAGCAGUUCUCCAACCAGGAUUUAAAUGCGAACCGAACUGGCUUUUUUGGUCGCUCCGCCUCACCUGCUCAAAGACCCCGGACGGCUGGCUCCCCGGCUCCUGGACAGCAGCUGCAGCAACAGCAGCAGCCUGGACACCUUGCUCCUCCUAUCCCUCGCAGCCCCCGAUCCCCCGCCGAGAAUGAAGAACUCCAACGCUACCCAGAACGGUACUCGGAGAAUGUCCACAAGCGUGGGAAGGCCGCCAAAGAAUUGGUCAAUGUGUUCUUCCACGAGAAUAUCGAACGUGCACGCGAUCGUAAUAUGCGCUCUGCUGAACUGGAUAAGAUGAUCCGCGACCCUAGUACCUCGCAGGACGCGAAGUUAAAGGAGGCUGAAGUACUUGCGAAGAAAGAAUCGAACUUCCUUCGGUUCCUCCGGACUCGGGAGACUCCCUCGAAUUUCCAGACGAUCAAGAUUAUCGGAAAAGGAGCUUUUGGUGAGGUGAAGCUUGUGCAAAGGAAAACCGAUGGCAAGAUUUAUGCGCUCAAGUCUUUGAUCAAGACGGAGAUGUUUAAGAAGGAUCAACUGGCCCACGUCCGCGCAGAACGUGAUAUCCUGGCUGAUUCCAAAGAUAACCCAUGGCUUGUGAAGCUUCAUGCUUCCUUCCAGGAUUCCGCAUAUCUCUACCUGCUGAUGGAAUUCUUGCCUGGAGGUGAUUUGAUGACUAUGCUCAUUAAAUACGAAAUUUUCUCCGAAGAUAUCACCCGAUUCUAUAUGGCGGAAAUUGUGAUGGCUAUUGAAGCGGUUCAUAAACUCGGGUUCCUUCACCGAGACAUUAAACCUGAUAACAUUCUCCUUGAUCGUGGCGGCCAUGUGAAGUUGACUGACUUUGGUCUUUCCACCGGAGGCAAGAAGACUCACGACAACUCCUACUAUCAAAACCUGCUUAAGAACUCCACCUCCAAAGACAAGAAUAGGAACUCUGGAUAUUUCAGUGAUGCAAUUAACCUGACGGUAUCGAACCGUGGACAGAUUAACACUUGGCGGAAGUCUCGCCGUGCUAUGGCGUACUCAACUGUCGGAACUCCCGACUAUAUCGCGCCUGAAAUUUUCAACGGUCAAGGAUAUACUUAUCUUUGCGAUUGGUGGUCGGUUGGUGCCAUCAUGUUCGAAUGUCUGGUGGGCUGGCCUCCAUUCUGUGCUGAGGACACCACCGACACUUAUCGCAAGAUUGUAAACUGGAGAGAAUGCCUCUACUUCCCUGAGGAAUUGACCUUGUCGCGGGAGUCUGAAGGCCUGAUCCGAAGUUUCUUGUGUGAUGCAGAGCAUCGUAUUGGAAACGAGGGCGGCCAGUAUGGAGGAGCCACGCAAAUUAAGAACCAUCCGUUCUUCCGCGGGGUGGUCUGGGAGCAGCUUCGGAGUAUCCGUGCCCCAUUCGAGCCGAGGUUGAGCUCGAACAUCGACGUUUCAUAUUUCCCGAUUGAUGAGAUUCCUCAGGAGGACACUAGUGCUAUUCACCGGGCGCAGGCACGUGCUAUGCCCGAGGAGCAGGAGGCUGAGAUGAGCCUGCCUUUCAUCGGGUACACGUACAAAGCAUUCAACGCCUUCCAGGCAAGUUGAAUAUAGUUUCAGCGUUCGAGUUCUCUUAGUGAGCCGAUGAUGAGUGUCUUUGGAAAGUUUGAUAGCGGGCGGGCUUGCGUUAAUAGCUUUUCAGCAGCUCAUCCAGGUUCUAGCCUCGGUAUAGACCCUGUUCAUUGGUUUUUCAUCAAUCACGCAUAUAGCGAAUAUAUUGUCAUGUUACCGGGAACAUGGGCAUUUUUCUUUCAAUUUGUGUUCUUUCCCUUUUGCCCUCCUUUAUAUCUUUGCAUUCAUUGUCGCGAGCCGACUCCUGUUAGCUGCGUGUUGUAUUGAGCAUCAAAUGGCCACCUAUGAGUGCGUUGUCAAUUUAAACCGGGGGGGGUUAACUCUAUGAUACCUACAUACAUAUGCAUAUCAUGAAUACUGGCUAUCUUUCUGAGUGGAUAGUUGGUAGAGACCUGCAAAAUUAGAAUCGAAUUUUCUGAUGGUGCUACAUAUCUAUGUGGUUUGCCGCUAUCUGUAGACUAGAGAG